AGGUUUCAAGGUACGAUUAAAACUGAUGGGGUUGGAGUUUCUAUCCUAAAACAGAAUACGAAUGUGGGCAAAAAACAGUCAAGUAUGAAGAAUAAGAUGGAUGUGGGUGAUCAAGUGGUAGAUUAUAUCAAAAAAGUGAGCCCAAAAGAUCUGAAAAAGCACAAAGACGAUUAUGUAACAAUUGAUCCUGGGAGACGUUAUAUUCUACUUUGCAUGAAAUAA